CCUCUUCAGGACACAGGUUAUCAUUUUCACUCUUCAAUCGCAGUAUCAAUCACCGGAAUCACACCAUCACGAUUCUCUUAAGUGUCGCCGGAAUCUCAUCGACCAGGUUAAUUUCACAUAGGUUCUGAAUCGUGGCCGAGGAAGAAGAAUCGGGUUCAUUCUACACUACACCAAAAUGUUAGCUUUUGGUAGAAAUUGCUUGAAAUAUUGUAGCCACUUAAGAAGAAAUAGCUCAAAUGAAAAUCUAUGUUUAGGGUUUUUUCCUGAGCUAUUUGUUCUCAAUGAUUCAAUUGGGAAAAAUUCAAACAAGAUAAUGCAUUAUCCCUUCCAAACCACUUAUAAUCAUGUUUUGUUUCCACUUAUUAGCUUUAAUUCUCAUUAUUAUUCAACUAGAGCUCCUUCAAGGUCUUACCGAAGAAGAGUUCGAAAUCGGUUUUUGAAAGCAAAUAAGCCUGUUUUAGACCAAGCACAGUUUCAGUUUGCACAGUCUCAGCUUCUCCCGAGGUUCACUCCUGAAGAAUUAUGCAAUGUUAUCGCUGGUCAACGCGAUCCGUUAGUUUGUUUAGAGCUUUUUCAUUGGGCGUCUCACCAGCCGAGGUUUCGGCAUGAUUUGUCGACGUUUCAUGUCACUAUAAAGAAGCUGGGUGAUGCGAAAAUGUAUCAGGAAAUGGAUGAUGUUGUGAACCAGUUGCUCGCGGUUCGUUCUAUUGGUUCAGAAUCGUUGUUUAAUAUGAUAAUUUAUUAUUUCACUGAGGCGCGGAAGUUGACUAAAGCUGUUAAUGUGUUUAAGCACAUGAAGAGUAGUAGAAACCCGAAUUUUAGCUUUAGGCCUUCGAUUAAAACGUAUAAUAUUCUAUUUGGUGCACUUUUGAGCAGAGGGUACAAUGCUGAUAUAAACCUUGUGUAUAUGGAGACUAUGAGAUGUUUGUUCAGGCAAAUGGUGAAUGACAUGAUAGAACCUGAUAUUUUUUCGUUAAAUUCUAUGAUAAAAGGUUAUGUGCUUUCUCUUCAUGUUAACGAUGCGUUGAGGAUAUUUCAUCAGAUGGGCGUUGUUUAUGAUUGCGAACCCAAUUCUUUAACUUACGAUUACUUGAUUCAUGGGUUGUGUGCCAAAGGAAGAACAGAGAAUGCCAAAGAAUUGUAUCAUGAAAUGAAGACCAAAGGUUUCACCCCGAAUAGUAAAUCUUAUAAUUCGCUUGUCAGUUCUUUGGCACUCGUCGGAGAGAUCGAGGAUGCAGUAAAUUAUCUAUGGGAGAUGACUGAAAAGCAAAGAUCAGUUGAUUUUAUUACAUACAGGACCGUACUGGAUGAAAUAUGUAGACGCGGAAAGGUUCAAGAGGCCAUGAGAUUUCUGGAGGAGUUGCAAGAAAAGGACCUCGUAGAUGGACAUACUUACAGGAAGCUUCUUUAUGUGCUUGAAGAUGAUUAUGGGAAUUCAGAAGACAGAAUUGAUUCAGGUCCAGCUUUAAUGUCACCUGGAAAUUCUUGGUAAACUCUUGGAUCUGUUUGGCAUGAAGUCCUCAUGACUCGAAAUGCAGAAUUGUCAGAUGUUCGAAUCCAAAGACAGGGCUCUUUUGAGGAAUGUAGUUGACAUCAAGGUUGAAACCUUGGAUCUAGUAUGGGUCCGUUCUUUCAACUUCAUAGAUACCUUUUGCUUUUAAACCUGAGCAUAGGCGUGUAAGCUCGUUGUAAUGAACCUGAACCUGGACGGUUAUGGUUUGCAACAGAUCCAUCAUCCUAAAUUGCUGAAGAAGUUACUGUUUCUUGAUCAAUAUAGAUAGAUAUAUGACCUUGCAAUAGGCUUUUGGUUGCAGCAUAACUCCGGAAUAAUGGUGAAACAGGGAUGUGUAAGAUGUCUCUGCCCUUCAUGGGAAAGGAUUCCAUGCAUUCUUUACUGUGCCAGAUUAGAUUGGUUAUGAACCGUGAUAGAAAUUAUUUAUAUAAUCCUUGAAAGUUGCUGUCUUCUUGUCCAGGAUAUGUAGUACUCUAUUGACACUUAACAUUGAAGACAUGUUUGGUGUCCAAAUUAUUAUGGUGUGUUGAUGUCUGUGUCAGUGUGAUUGCUUCUAGCCAGGAUGGAAAAUGGACUUGUAGUAAAGUAACAAUGGAAAUCAUAGAGGUGAACCUACAGAGGGUAGAGUAUGUUGCCACAUACUCAGUAAAGUGACUAUAGAUUGAUUGAGAUUUAACAGAGUUGAUUAGGUGUAGUAACUGACACUUUGGUAAGGAAAACAAAAAUGUGUUAUGUACACUCAGGUUUCCCUACACAUGUAACACAUGUUUAGUCACAUAAAAUUGUAGUUAAUAUAGUUGAUGUAUGAUUAAUUUAUAUUAUAAUGAAACUUGUGAAAAUUUGAUUAGUCAUAUAGUUGAAUUCACUAAAACUAGUUUGAAUUAAUCAUUUAUUCAAUUGAAUUAUCCACUUUUUAAGGCGUGAUUAAUUAUAUCAUUUAUGUAGUAAAAAAUGAAUGUCAGAAUGUUAUUACGGGUAGUGCAAGCACAACCGCACUUGGAUUUAGA